AGUCCACUACGUGACAUGAGGAGGACCAAUGAAUACGGAGAGUCGUUGCUUUCACCUCUGAACUUCCCGUCCUGUGCUGCAGAGCUGGGAAAGAUGGCCGAGCUUGAUUUCGGGGAUAGUGAGCUCUUUCAGCAGCUUGAUGACUCCGCGCCGCCGGUCCCGACGCACAUUCGCUUCACAGAUGAUGAGGAAGACAAGGAAGAGACGAGCCAGCUUCGGAGCAGGCUGGAGGAGUGUGAUGACUACAUUCAGAGACUCACUGAGGAGAAUAAAGGUUUGAGAAGAAAACAAAACAUCCUGACACGACCAAGCGGCAUCUCAAUUGAAGAUGUCAACAUUGACGGGCCAGUUCUUCAAAUCCUUUAUGCGAAUAAUUUUAUUUCAAAGCAGUGUCGUCAAGAAAUUGAAGAUAGCAUCUGCAAUUUGAUUUGGAAGCACCAGAAAGCAAGCAAUGAAAAGAAAAAAUCCAUCUUUGUCAUGAAACCUCAGAAUUCAGCGUUUGCUAUGGAUGAAGAUCCUCAGAAGUCAACUUCUACUGGUGUAAGAACAACAACAGAAGCAUUUAAAGUGGUUGGUAGUGUCUUAUAUUUCACUACUUUCAGUGUUGAUAAACUUGGACAGCCUCUGGUGAAUGAAAACCCCCAGCUGACCGAUGGUUGGGACGUUCCAACCUAUCACCAGGUUUUCAACCAAGUCAUUGGCACUGAUGGACAAGAAAUAGAAAUGAAAGACAAAAGACCCAAAUCUAUGUGUUUCAACUGCGGUGCGAGCAGUCAUCAGCUGAGAGACUGUCCUAAGCCUAAAGACAUGGCCGCAAUUAAUGAGAGAAGAAAGGAGUUUAAUCAGAACAACAACCAGUCCAUGCAGAGUAACCAGCGAUACCAUGCUGAUGAAGUGGAAGAGCGGUUUGCUAAAUACAAGCCUGGAGUCAUGAGCGAGGAGUUGUUGUCAGCACUGGGAAUUGAUGGCAACACCCUCCCUCCCCUGAUUUAUCGCAUGAGGCAGCUAGGCUACCCACCAGGUUGGCUCAAAGAGGCAGAGAUGGAAAACUCUGGCUUAACACUGUAUGAUGGAAAUGUUUCAAAUGACGGCAACACAACAGAUAACACAAAUUCACACAUCUCUUAUGACGUUUCCAAACUGGUAGACUUCCCAGGCUUCAAUGUAGCUUCACCACACACAAUGAAAGAUGAGUUUUUGCAGUAUGGAUCUAUUCCAAUGCAAAGCAGCCACAUGAAGCCAAACUAUGCAGCCUACCUGUCCAACAACUUCCCUAUGCCUGGCACCACCUGCAACAAGAGACGGCAUGAAUCUGACUCUUCUCCACAGCUAAGGAAGAAGACAAGGCCCAGUCCUGAUCGGAACUCGAAUAGGAGCUCGGAUAUGGAUAUUGAAUCAGACCCAGGUACACCUUAUUAUACUUAUGGCCCAGGUGACUUCCAGUUUCAACCUCCCCUGCCCCCUGGAUCUCCUUGCUUCAGUUCACCUCCUCCUUUACCCCAUGGCACUCCUCCUGCUACACCUACUCCCCCACCUCUCCCUAAAGGUACACCACCUCCCACACCCACCAACGGCUCUCCAGCUCUGCGAGUGUGUAACUGGGAAAUAGUUGAUGAGACUGUGGAAGGAACGGAGGAUGAGCUGACACUGGAGGAACUGGAGGAGCAGCAGAGGCUGAUUUGGGCAGCUCUAGAAAAUGCUGACACUGCCACUAAUAGCGACUGUGAGACACCUGCAGUGGGAACACCUGUACCCAGUUCACCAAGUGUGUCUAUUCCUGUGCAUGUCGACACAGAACCUGAAGAGGUUGAAGAAGUGAUGGACACAACGAGACCUGCAGAAACUUGCCCUAGCGGCAGUGAAAAUCAAGGGGAACCAGGUGUUUCCUCUCAGAGCCCUGGCCCAGUCAAAGUCCAGGACGACAGCCCUCGGAGUCCUGGCCCAGUCAAAAUCCAGGACGACAGCCCUCGGAGUCCUGGCCCAGUCAAAGUCCAGGACGACAGCCCUCGGAGUCCUGGCCCAGUCAAAGUCCAGGACGACAGUCCUCGGAGUCCUGGCCCAGUCAAAGUCCAGGACGACAGCCCUCGGAGUCCUGGCCCAGUCAAAGUCCAGGACGACAGCCCUCGGAGUCCUGGCCCAGUCAAAGUCCAGGACGACAGCCCUCGGAGUCCUGGCCCAGUCAAACUCCAGGACGACAGCCCUCGGAGUCCUGGCCCAGUCAAACUCCAGGACGACAGCCCUCGGAGUCCUGAUCCACUGGUCUCUAAUGGGGGGCCUGGAGAUACUACUUCUCCUAAGCAUGGCGAGAAGGUAAUAGCUGUUCCUCAUAGGAGCAACUUUGCAGCCGGCAUUGUUCCAUUUGAAGAUACACCAGAAUUCACUGAAGUUGCUGAAGCCACAGGGACAUACCUUAGGAUCAGAGACUUGCUUAAAAGUUCCCCUCGAAACCUGGCGAAGAAAAAAUAAAUUUGUACUAUCUUGAUUUGGAACACAAAGAUACAUAGAUAUUUUUUAAGGAAAAACAUAUAUUUUCAUUUUCAUGACCAUCCUAUGAAGCAUGUUUUUAGCUGUUUAUUAUUUUGUACCAAGGUGAAUGUCUGUGUUGUAAAUACAGUGGAUCUGUAAACGUACAGUGAGGGAGGGGCAUUAAGGGAUGCUGCAACAGUUAGUAGGUUUUGACCAAUUGUCAGUUUUUUUGGUAGGUGUUGUUUUUUUUUUUUUUUUUUUUUUGUAGUGUUACUUGUUUAUUUUAUUGUAAAAUUUGUAAAAUGGUAAUUUCUUGACCUGUAUUCAUUUUUAAUAGCAUGGUGUUUUCAUGGCUUUUUUUAUUUUUGUCCCACUUGAAUUGCUCUAAAAUCAGUAAGUAAACAUGCUUGUAUUUGCUUCACUGUGUUGUUUUGUCUAGCAGCCAAGGCUAGGUGUGGGUUUAAUUUUAUUUUGCUGCAUGUUGACAGCAGAGAUGGCCAAAUAUGUGAGCUACCAGAAUACAGUUGAUUGUAAGUUAUCUUUAGUGAACACAUUGAUCUUCUGUUACUGUAACCAGCUCACCUGCUCAUUUUGAUGCACAUUGCAAAUGAAAUUGCAUAUAAUUGAAACUCUGCACUACAACAAUUUUAAUUUUUUUUCAGAUGACAUUAGAAAGCCUGGUCCACAUUAUUUCUUUAUUAUACCAUUCAUCAAAUAGAUUCAUAUCACACCUGAAAUAAAGUCCAUUCACCCCUUCA